GUAACAGCAUAGUGUCCUGUGAAAGCUGUGGAGUGUUCGGAAGCUCGGCGGCUGGAAUCAUGUCCGGACCCGGUACCAGAAGGAAACGUUCACCUUCAUAGCGCCAUAAAUGUCGCUUCGACCGCAGGUAGAGGGCUCGAGCGCCUUCUAUAUCGGGGAUGGCGGGGGCGAGGAGCCCCAUGAAGUGAUGCUGGAGACGGCUAACUCUUUAGCUUCGGCUAACUCUUUAGCUUCGGAGGACUGUCUGAGAGAGUCCACCGACUGGCUGUCACUGGCCGCGAGGCGCGGACCGGUGAGGCCGGAGCAGCUCAGCACUUUUGUGGACUGUAUUGUGCGGAACUUCCAGAGGAAAACCCUCGGCUGCGAGGCUGCCGCUUCUCCGCGCCGCCUGGAUCAAGACGCCCUGUUCGAUUGCCCGACGUGCCACGGGUUUCUGGCGGACCCAGUCACCCUGACAUGCGGACACUCGUACUGCAAGCGCUGCUUACAGCGACGGCUGUUCUCCAAAUGUAAACUGUGUCGCGAGUCCGUCAGAGGAGGCGAGAAGGCGAACGUGAUUCUGACUGGGCUGUUGCACAAAUGGUUCCCAGAAGACGCCAAAAACGCACAAACUCUGUGUGAGAUUGACAACCUCUGCAGGACCAAGCAAUACCAAGCUGCUAUCGCGCUCGCGACCGAUGUGGUGGAGUCCGAUCCCAGUUUGAGUGAGAUGGCGCGAUUGUACCGUGCGGAGUCGUACUUGGCUCUCAAGCAGUAUCGCCUGGCCUUGGAAGACACGGAGACCUCGCCUCACUCGACCUGUUUAGCUGAAGCCUUCUAUUGGAAAGCAAUGGUGCUGCAUGACAUGGGCCAAGUUGAUGAGUCACUUCAAGUCUUCCUUCAAUGCCUGGCCCUUAAUGAGGACUUCCCACGAGCUAAAAGACAAGUAGAGAAGAUCAUCUGCGAUCUUCUGUCUAUGGCUGAUGAGAACGUGAAGGUCGGCCUGAGGGAAACUACUCAGAACACAUCACCUCGCCUCCGCAGUAAAACCCUCGUGGCAGACGCACAAAGAUCACCUCAGAAAUCCAGUCAGGCCGCUCACCACCAUCAGGCUCGCGCCGCCUCGGCCCACAACCACUCGGAAACACGGGAGAAGCGCUGUGAAAGUGUGGAGCGCCACGGCCUGAGCCGCGCUCAUUCGUUACGAUUGCCUGGAUCCGGUUUUGGCGAGGAGUGUCUGAAGAGGGUUUGUUCGGCUCCCCAGCUGGGCGACCAGGAAAAGGCCAGCCUGCUUAAAAGGAAGCUGUCUGUGUCAGAUGCUGAAUCCUGUGUGGUGGACAGCGGGGGCAGCAAACAUAAAAAACAAGGUGGGACAAAGGCCUGCAGGCAACACGCAGCCAAAACUGAAAGCAAAAGAAUAGUUCCAGAAGAUCUUUUGGACCCCAAUGACCUUGAAUGUUCUCUUUGCAUGAGGUUGUUUUAUGAGCCAGUGACGACGCCAUGUGGACACACCUUUUGUAAAAAUUGUCUAGAACGCUGCUUGGACCACACAGCUCAGUGUCCGCUGUGUAAAGAAAGCCUAAAAGAGUAUUUAGCAUGUAGGAAAUAUGUCGUGACAUCUGUCCUGGACAAACUCAUCAAAGAGUAUUUGCGCCGGGAGCACGCAGAGCGGGCGACUGCUCACCUUGAGGAGACCAGGGAGCUUUCUGAUUUAACAAAGAACGUGCCUAUCUUCGUGUGCACCAUGGCGUACCCCACCGUGCCUUGCCCUCUCCACGUCUUCGAACCCCGUUACCGCCUCAUGAUCCGCCGCUGCAUGGAGACCGGCACGCAGCAGUUUGGGAUGUGUAUCAACGACCCACAGAAAGGGUUUGCAGAUUACGGCUGCAUGCUGAUCAUCCGGAGCGUCCACUUCCUGCCCGACGGCCGAUCGGUCGUUGACACCGUGGGUGGGAAGCGCUUCCGAGUCCUGACACGGGGUAUGAAGGACGGCUACAGCAUCGCUGACAUCGAGCACCUUGAGGACACGAGGGUGGAAGACAGCGAGGAGCUCCAAAGCCUUCAGGAGCUGCACGACAAUGUGUACGAGCAAGCCUGCGUCUGGUUCCAGAACCUGAAGAUCCGCUUUCAUAACCAGAUCCUGCAGCAUUUCGGCCCGAUGCCAGGACGGGAGGAGGACAUCCAGGCGACUGCCAACGGGCCGGCCUGCUGCUGGUGGCUCCUGGCUGUCCUGCCCAUUGACCCGCGCUAUCAGCUGUCGGUCCUCUCCAUGACCAGCCUGAGAGACCGGCUGGAGAAGAUCCAGCAAAUCCUCACAUAUCUGCAGAGCAUCCCCAACAACUAGGAGCAUCCACCGACCCACGUCUUGUGUUCUUCCAACCAACCUUGGCUCCGACCCUUCGGAUCGGAGACGCCAGCGGCACAGCCUCAGGGAAACCUCUGCGGAAACCAAGCUCUCACGUCGCCACCGUCGAGCCGCACAACGCACACCAGAUGGGUUUCAUCGUGAUUGGAAGUGAGCCGGAGGUGAAAUCAUGACGGAUUUUAUAUACAAACCCAAGCUCUGACUGAGUGUGAUGUUUAGUUUCCAACAAGAAGUUGUGUUGUGCAGAAGAAUUCCCACUUGUUUGGAAGACUCAUGACAUCAGUCACAUGAAAGUAUUAACCUCUUCCUCCAGAGAGUCUUGUUUCUUGUUUCCUCUGUCCAUUCAAAACUUUCUUCCACGUGGUGGAGCCUCCUCCGGAGUCCACUUCUCUUCUUCCAUGCUCGGCAGCACCGGGUGGGCGUUUGAAACCCCACGUUUUCAGCUUUCUGAAAACCUCUCUGUCUCCAUCGCUGGUUUAUUUCUGACCUGAGGAGCGCCUUAAACAUGUGAUCGUGUUAUUGAAAUGUCCCACGGACAUCACAGCUGAAUUUAGCUUCAUUGUUUACACCCACAGUGGCUGCUCAUGGCUUUUUGUGGAUUCAUCUCACCUCAGAAUUACGUCCAGCUGUGGUGGCUCACUGUGGUUUGAGGAUUCCGAAGUCACUCGGCUUCCUUCUUCUCUCUCUGUUGCAUUUCUCUUCCGACAUUAUGGACACCAGUGACAAGAAAGGGUUUCAGUAACUGAGCGAUGCUUCCCCAUCUCCGGUUAAAUAAAUGAAUUAUGUAUUAAUGACACAAGCGUUUGUUCUUGUCUGGUACCAGUGAAGGGUGUUGCAAUGGGACAGCGGCUCCGUCAGGCGCGGGGCGGUAGCUUUGCCUCACGUCCUCCAUCAUCGUGGCGUUCAUGCAGCGACGCCACCAUUCCACGACUCGUCCAUCGAUGAGGCCCAUUUCUUGACCCAUUUUUGGAAAUGUGUGUUUUUCUUCUGCUCUGAUGUGUUAAGUUAUCAAUUUUCAUUAUUAAAAGCACUUCUCUUUUUU